GCUUCAACAAGCCAACGUCACCGCGACAAAUCAUUCAAAAUCGCGUGAAACCGCGCAAAAAUAUAGAUUAAAAACAUUGAGAAUACAAGCGUGCUAACAGCCUAUAUGAACUUACUCUAUGUUAUUAUUUUGUCACUGGUGCCUUAGAUUUGCGAUGUAAAAAAUAGUGCGUUUUUGGCGGGUUAAUGUGUGUGAGCGAGAAAGAUAAUAUGGAGAGCCCGGGCGAGGAAACGGGACGGACGCAUGUCCCCGCGACCCCGCAACCCAACGGCUCCAAUAAGAUAAUCGGAAGAAACGUGAAUGGAACCAUGGUUGUGACGUCGGCUCCAUCCAACGAAGCUGAGCUGCAGCUGUACCGGGUCAUGCAACGAGCUAGCCUGCUGGCCUAUUACGACACGCUGCUUGAAAUGGGUGGUGACGAUGUUCAACAACUAUGUGACGCCGGGGAGGAAGAGUUCUUAGAAAUAAUGGCUCUGGUAGGAAUGGCUUCUAAGCCUCUCCACGUGCGUCGCCUGCAGAAAGCUCUCCAAGAAUGGGUGAACAACCCAGCGCUCUUCCAAAUACCAAUAGUCCCAAACAUUUGCCCCGCCGAAAAUUUCAUUCAGUGCAACCAAAGACUGCUCAACGUGCCUAUACCCUCUGUAUCGCGUUCGGUGACUUCUCCAGAUAACAACAGACCCAUGUAUAGUCCAUCACCAGGCGCUCCAGAGAAUAGUUGUAGUUCUGCGCCAAAUGUCAGUCCUGUCCAUCAAAAUAAUACAUUUACAAAAAUAAUCCUACCACCAUCCCCAGUAGCUACCACUCCCACAAUACCAAUCGUUACAGCAGCUAGAUCCUUUUCACCUCAAACAACCUGUGCUCCACCAUCUUCAAACUCCAGUCCCAACUCUGUUACAUCUCCAGUCCAACUAACACCAGUUCUGCUAGAUAUUCACGUGCAAAAGUUGGCUUCGGCUGCGGAGAAGUUAAGCAAACAUUUACCACAGUUGGAGCCAAAGCCACAAAAUACUAAAAAGAAGAUGUGUAAGGAUUUAGAGUUAGUUAUGAUGAUGCCAGAGUCAGAUCCUAAACGCAUGGAGGAGAUAAGGAAAUACGCAGCGAUAUAUGGACGAUUCGAUUGUAAGAGGAAACCAGAAAAGCCUCUUACCUUACACGAGGUGAUGGUAAACGAAGCCGCAGCCCAGAUGUGUCGAUGUAUUCCCGCCCUACUAACUCGCAGAGACGAGCUGUUUCCUCUUGCGAGACAGCUCGUGCGGAGAGCUGGUCUGCAUUACUCCAAGCACGGUUUGCCCCCUACCACUUCAAUGGAAGACAGAGAGAGAGACGAAGACGAGGCACCAAGUAAACGAGCAAGACAGGACACCGAUGAGACUCGAACCAGCCCGGAAGCAGCACGCAGUGCGUCUAAUCACAGCUGGUGGGGAGUGAAGACUGAGAGUGACGACGCGGACUCCAGGUGUUCUUACUCCAGCACCAGUACUCCUCCACCUGAUGCAGAAGAAUCGCGUCCGCAAGUGGUAGCGUCACGUGGAGACAGCAUCAUAGCCGUUGCCAACCCUGCGUUGCAGCCUCUCCCUCCACCGCAUCCUGCUAGAAACCACUCCAACUGACACCCAUGAAAGUACUGAGGAGUCUUACAGCUUGAUGGUGGGAAAAUAUCUGCUGGAUACUGCUGCCACGGAAAUAUAACAAGAAACAAAUGAAAGCUGUUGAAGAAACGUGUUCAUAGACGAGUUUUUGCCCUGAAGCUUUAACCCCACUAGAAACUACACCCGAUAUGCCUUAAAAGACAG